AUGAGCAAGUACUUCGUCCCAGGUGUUGCACCUCUUCGCGAGGCGUUCCAGCUUGCAUCCCUCAUCCCACACCUGAAGCAAGCAGAACAAGAUGGAUUCCCAACCCCGAGGCACAAGGCCGGUGAGGAUUAUCCCGAGUUGACUGAGCCCUUGGAUUACCGAGUACAGCCGCAGGUGAACCUGGGCAAGCUCUUGGAGGAAUCCAACGACAACACCUUCAAAGCAAAGGUCACGAAGAUUCUGUCUACUUCGUUCGGAAAGUCCUCGUCCAACACGAAUUGGCUCGGGCCAUGUGAGGUGCGAAAGUACACGCUCAUCAACCCCAAGCUUCUGUUCAAAGAUCUCAUCAAGUGCGACUCCGUGCGGGAGUGGUUACAAGACGCAAUCGAGGACGGGGUCACGAAGGUGUAUUUUGUUGUCGGCUACUACACUGUUCUCGAUGCGACAAUACUUGACAGCACUCAACAGAGCUCUAACUACGGAGUGAAAACCGACGUCCCUGUGGGGGACAUUGUGACUCAUGGAGCGACCGCGCUUAUCCCUGGAAUGCUGGAUCUGGAUGUGGGCGGCUCUGUUGAGCACAAGGUUGGCCACACUACGUCUCGGGCUUCGUAUCUCCAGGGCGAGCGAGUAUACGCCUUCUGCUAUCGCAAGGUCAAGUUUAGCAUCUUCCCUUUGGGGAGCAGAGCGGCGUCCGCAAAACUCCAGCAAGACAACUGCUGGUCUCUCACGGCAGAUAACAGGGGCGAGGAGGACGGAGAAGACGACGAGGGUUUACAAGUUGAUCUAGAGGACAACGAAGAGGCUGGGCAGGACAUCUUUGAGGUCGCUGGAGAGGAUGAUUCCGAUUGA